UACGCGCCUUUAUCAUUUUCCGUCCGCUGCCGAACCCGCGUUACUCUCUUUUCGCAAGAGUUAGUCAAAAUGGGUGCCCUCAAAUACCUCGAAGAGCUUCAGAAGAAGAAGCAGAGCGACGUCGUUCGCUUCCUUCUUCGCGUUCGCUGCUGGGAGCUUCGCCAGUUGAACGUCAUCCACCGGGCCUCGAGACCCAGCCGCCCCGACAAGGCCCGCCGCCUCGGCUACAAGGCCAAGCAGGGCUAUGUCAUCUACCGCGCCCGUGUCCGUCGCGGUGGCCGCAAGAAGCCCGUCCCUAAGGGUGCCACCUACGGCAAGCCCACCAACCAGGGUGUGAACCAGCUCAAGUACCAGCGCUCCCUCAAGUCCACUGCCGAGGAGCGUGUCGGCCGCCGCUGCGCCAACCUCCGCGUCCUCAACUCCUACUGGAUCAACCAGGACUCUACCUACAAGUACUUCGAGGUUAUCCUUGUCGACCCCCAGCACAAGGCCAUCCGCCGCGACCCCCGCAUCAACUGGAUCGUCAACCCCGUCCACAAGCACCGCGAGUCCCGUGGCCUUACCUCCACCGGCAAGCGCUCGCGCGGUCUCAACAAGGGUCACCGUUACAACAAGACCCGCGCUGGCCGCAGAAAGACCUGGAAGCGCCACAACACCCUCUCCCUCUGGCGCUACCGGUAAACGGCUCGCCCAAGAGGUCCGUAGUCUACGGGAUCUGGCGCUGGCUCUGGCUGUUCUGCUCAUUGGCACGCUUCUUAGCUGGGUCUUUGGGAAACAAGGGAACUUCUUGUUGUCGUGCUCCUCUUCAUGGUCUCGACAGCGACAGUGUCUUGAUUGCAAAUCAUCAUCGCUGGGACACAACGGAAAGAAGGGUGAAUCCGCAGGGAUUGGUGGAAGAUCCAGUUAGCUCACCAAAAUGGACUAAACGCAUUUUCUGGUGUGCAUAUGAUACCUCUGUCCUUUUAAUGGCAUUCUUAUGAUCAUCUAUGUGUGACUUUCAUAUCUUCAUUCCACGUUUUGCUGCCAAUGAAUGAAGUGGAUCUUGCCUUACGGACUGACUUCUUCCUAUCGGCGUGGCGAUGCUUUCGGUUCCUAUGUUCUAUUCAACUUGAAAAGCUCGAGGAUGGUCCGCCAAAUGUCCGGCUCCUACGCCAGAACGGUCUCCCGGCAUCAUACGAUAUGCAAAUUCCUUUCGCAAAAAGCUUCCCAGAUUCUUUCUGCAUGGUCUAGACUUGUUCUCUUCGGCAGAGAGCAAACACUAGUGGCGAGGCAACGAACGACUACGUGAAUCGAUACCUUUACCUAUGUGCUAGAAAAUCGGUCAUGGCUUUUGUUUAAACCACCAAUGUCAACAGUGGUAGAUAUCAAUCUGAAUGUAUACACGUAUCG